UCUAGAUACACUUUCUCAAAAUCUGGCUAUCAGAUGUUCCAAGUGAUGAGGUUUGCUAUUGAGGAGAUUAACAACUCCACAACUCUUCUGCCCAAUGUUUCUCUGGGAUAUGAGAUUUUUGACCACUGUACUGACACAAAAAACUUACCUUCAGUCUUUAGUUUCAUCUCGAAGAAUGGCUCAAUAAAACCUAAAGAGAAACUCAACAACUAUCAGCCUAAAGUGAUUGCCUUAACAGGGCCAUAUGGAAGCACACGCACUAUUACUAUUGCACCAUUAAUUACAAUGGACAGUAUACCAUUGGUGAAUUAUGGCGCUUCUAGCUAUGCAUUAAGCAAUAAGCUUCAGUAUCCUUCCUUUAUAAGAACAAUUCCUAGCAACAAAAACCUGAUAGAGAUGAUUAUCCACAUUAUACAGUGGUUUGGAUGGAACUGGGUCGCCUUUCUUGGUAGCCAAGAUGAUUACAGUUCAGAUGGACUAAAACUGUUUAACAAGUACAUCAGCAAUACUGGCAUUUGUUUGGCCUAUCAAGAGGCUUUUAGCCAAAAGACAAACUACAGUCUAACACUUAAAAAGAUUGAUAUGCUUAACAUCAAAGUUGUUGUUGUUUUUGCUGUUCCACAAUAUGCAAGCAACAUUAUCAAAACAGCCAUAGCAAACAACAUCCAAGACAAAGUAUGGAUUGCGAGUGAAACCUGGGCUAUGAACCAGCAGCUUCCAAGAGAGCCAGGAAUUGGGAAAAUUGGCACAGUCAUUGGCAUUACAGAGAGAUUGUUGACAUUACCUGGAUUUGAUAAGUUCAUCUAUAAAGAAAGAGAAAUAAUUAAAGCUUAUAGCAAUGUCAGUGACAUCCAGUGUGAGAGUAAGACAUGUAAUCAAGACUGUGAUUACUGCACAUCAUUGAGCGCAGAGGAGAUUAUAAAUGAAAAUCCCACAUUCUCUUUUGCCAUUUAUGCUGCCAUAUAUACCAUAGCACAUGCAUUACAUAAUGUUUUGCAGUGUAACAUGAAUGAAUGCCACAAAAACAUAACAGUUAGGCCAUACAUGCUUCUGGAACCAAUUAAGAAGUUGGAUUUCUCACUUAAUGGCCGUCAGGUAAAAUAUGAUGAUAAUGGUGAUCCAACCAUCAGUUUUGCGGUUGUACUUUGGAAUACUGAAACAAAUCCUCCACGUUUUGAAAUGGUGGGCACGUAUGAUACAUAUCCAGAAAUGACUUUUACUAUCAACAACUCUCGCUUUCCCUGGCAUAACAGUGGUUCUGUUCCAUUCUCAAACUGCUCUGUGGAGUGCAAAGAGGGUUUUUCGAGGAAACAUGAUGGAUAUCAUAGUUGCUGUUUUCUGUGUAUAAAGUGUCCACGGAACAGCUAUGUGAAUUAUUCAUGGGACCCCUAUACCUGUUCUCUGUGUGCAGAGAGUGAAUGGUCUGAUGAGGGCAGUACGAAAUGUAAGAACCGUUCUGUUGACUAUCUUGAGGUCACAGAAAUCCUCUCCAUUAUUGUCAUGGCUUCUGCCACAUGCCUAAUUAUUCUCCUUAUUGCCAUGUGUUGCCUUUUUGCUCACAAUUACAACACACCAGUGGUAAAGUCUGCUGGUGGCAGCAUGUGUUUCCUCAUGUUGACCUGUUUGAUAAUGUCUACAAUAAGUGUGUUCUUUUUCUUUGGAAAACCCUCAUCUGUAUUUUGCCUCCUGAGAAAUGUUGCAUUUGCAUUUUUCUUCACUGUUUUUCUCUCCUGUAUGGCUGUCCGUUCCUUUCAAAUUGUUUGUGUCUUCAAAAUGGCUGCCAAGUUUCCUAACAUCCACAGCCUUUGGAUGUGUAUCUAUAACUAUUAA